CCCCUGGCCCCUUUGGCCUUCGGCCUGCUCCGGCCGAUUGGAAACGCGCCGAUAUAUUAGAUAGAAAAUAUUAAUUUUCCACAUCAUUUUACUUUCUUAUUAUAAUUACCUUAUUUUUACAUAUAUUUUCUUACUAUUAUUGCUAUUUUAAUUUUUAUGUUUCUUACAAUUUUAUUUUUUACGUUUAUCGCUGUUAUUUCGUAAUGAUCAGUUGUUUAUCAUCAAAAAAUUGACACUCGCCAUGUAUACGAAAUAUCGUCGAUUUUAUCAAGUAUUCAUGUCACCGGGUUUUUUGCACAGAAAUCCGUCAAUAUAUCCGUCUUAUCAGCGAUUUGUGAAAGUCAUAUCUGACUGUCCAACGGGUAGUCUAACGCGAAGUUUAUAUUCAUCGAAUUUGUCUUAUCGCAAAGUGGACACCGCGAUCCAUUGCGAAAACAGAAUGGCACUCAACGUUGAUUACCAGCAGCUUCUGGAGGCGCAAAAGGACGAUAGCAUUCUCAUCGUCGAUGUUCGAGAGAACGCGGAGAUAAACGAGACUGGAAAAUUACCCGGAAGCAUUCAUAUACCAAUGAAUGAUGUCCAAAAUAUAUUCCUAAACCUUUCGGAAGAGGAAUUUGAGGAACGCUAUGGCAAACAUAGACCUAGUAAAGACACAAAAAUCAUAUUCAGUUGCCGGUCUGGUAAAAGAAGUGGGGCAGUGCAAGAAGCGAUGCAGAAAUUAGGAUAUACAAGGGCGUAUAAUUAUACCGGAGGUUGGCAAGAGUGGGAAAACAAGCACAAAAAAAAUUAAUCGAAUAAAAAAAGUGGAGAGCUGUCAUUAGAGAUGUAUUAAAAGAUUAUUUUCACUGUUGGAUUUAUUUAUAUUUCACAUUGUAAUGAUACUGUGAUGUUCUACUUCUGUAAAUAAUAAAAGGUAAAGAUUUAUUAUCAACUCAA